AUGGAAGAAUUAAUUCGAUCAGUUAUACAAUUUGAUGGUGCUCUAAAUCAAGAUGUUAUUCAAUGGCUAGAAUAUAUUGAAGAAGUAUUUGAUCGAGUACAAUUACAAACAUCAAAUAAAUAUAUUGCUAUACAAUACUUUUUAACUAAUAGUGCUGCUACGUGGUUUAAAUAUAAGAAAUCAAAUAUUCCUGAUUGGUUUACAUUUAAACGUGAACUUAUUGAAGCUUUUCA